AUGAAGAUAGGAGGGGUCUUCCUAGUCCUCUUUUUGGCAUUUUUGGGCCUCACAGUUGCCUCACGAACGCCUCAACAAAAGGUGGAUUGCAGUAGAUACCCAAGAAAGCCAGAUGGGAGUGUAGGACCCUGCACCCUGGUGUAUGGGCCUGUUUGUGGAACUGAUGGACAAACCUACGGAAAUGAGUGUAGUCUGUGUGGUAAAAUUGUAGAAACUAAAGGAAGAGUCGGUCUUCGCCACAGAGGAAGGUGCUGA